UGCACAGUGGACUGUUAUGACUGUUCAUAGCAGGAGUCCCGCCUUUGCUUUCGACUGCGUAAACGCGCGCGCGCUCCCGGCGCUCCUGAGGGUCUCACCACGGCCAUGGUCAGACAGGAGGAUGGCAUCCAGAUGUGACUCUGAUCUCCAGUCAAACCUCUCAGAAGACACAAUGUUGGGGUCGAACACCAGCAACAGGAGCGCGUCGUGCGGCUCGGUGUCCGUCGCCUUCCCCAUCACCAUGAUGGUGACCGGGAUGGUGGGUAACUUCUUGGCCAUCUUACUGGUCUCCCAUGCGUACAGGCGCCACGAGAACAGACGCAAACAGUCGUUUUUGCUGUGUAUCGCGUCCCUGGCGCUCACGGAUGUGUUCGGGCAGCUUCUCACGAGCCCCAUAGUCAUUUCCGUGUACAGAGCCGAGCUGCGGUGGGAGCGCAUCGACACUUCCGGGACUCUGUGCCCGUUCUUCGGCGUGUGCAUGACCACUUUCGGCUUGUGCUCGCUGUUUUUUGCGAGCACCAUGGCUGUGGAAAGGGCUCUCGCCAUCACCGCUCCUCACUGGUACUCCAAAAGCAUGAAGCCCACCGUCACCAAGCAUGCGCUCGUCUCCAUCUUGUGCCUGGUGCUGUGCUUCGCCCUGUUGCCCGUCAUUGGAGUCGGGAAGUACACUGUGCAGUGGCCCGGGACCUGGUGCUUCAUCAGCACCGGAGACACACACGUCAGUGGGAACACGUUUUUCUCCGUGACCUUCGCCGUGCUCGGGAUCUUCUCUCUGCUCGUCACCUUCUCGUGCAACGUGGUGACGAUCCGCGCGUUAGUGGCGCGCUACAGAACCAAACCCAGCGCGUCGCAGUGCUCCAGGCAGUGGGAGAGACUGACCACUGAGACCGUCAUCCAGCUCAUGGGGAUCAUGUGUGUGCUGCUCGUCUGCUGGUCUCCUUUACUGAUCCUAAUGUUGAAGAUGAUCUCCAACCACACAUCUUCUCAUCAGUGCAAAUCGUCAGCAGUUCCGCUCCAGACGAGCCGGGACUUACAGAUGGACUGCAACUUCUUCCUGACUGCCAUUCGUCUGGCCUCGCUUAAUCAGAUCCUCGACCCGUGGGUUUACCUGCUCCUCAGAGAGAUCCUGCUGAGGAAGUUCUGCCAGGUGGCCAAUGCAGUGUCCAACUGUUCACUGGAAGAACAGAAAGAGACUCAGAAGGAAACCGCUCUGGACGCCACCACAAAGGAUCCAGCCAAGGAGAAUGACGAGUGUAAGAAACUGGCUUCUCCUGAUCCUGAUGGAAGUGCACAAGUGUGACUGCAGUUAUUUAUAGAAAGGUGUUUAAAUGACGACAGCGGGAUGUGUACGAUUAAUCUCAUUCUAAUAGAUGCUGGCUUUUUGGAUUGCCAUGUGAAAGCUGAGUGAGUCCAGCAUGCAAACACUCGAUGCUUUUAAACAGAUAGAACCGCUCGGCCCUGGCAGUUUGUACAUUUUGUGAAAUUAAUGCAUCCUCUGAAGCCAAACGCUGCAGUCCGAGAUCUGGACCCUGUUCUUCAUGCGUUGCUUAAUAAAUACAAGAUGACAUAUUCUAGAUGUUAUAAUCACAUGAGGAUUAGUGAAGCCGGAUUGACUUAUCUGCGAUAAUUCAACGCUCCAAUGUUGACUGGAAAUUAGCGAUGGCCCCUGAGAGGCUGUUAAAAGAUUUUGGUAACACUUUCCAUGAAGGUCAUACAGUAUCUCUAGUAAACUAUGGACUGUA